AUGCUUCAAAGUGCUGCCAUCCGCUCGCUAUUUCAAUCUUCUACGCUCCACGGCCGCCGUCCAGUCCUGCUUGCGCAGCGUCUGAUACGUCCUUCUUCAUCCAUUUUACCUUUGAACACAUCCUACAGCUUUCGUUUUGGCGCGCAGAGGUCGUUUGGUAGGAGUCUUCAGGUCCACUCAUUUGUGUCACUACGCGAUGAGGAAUUACAGAGCAGUGGAAAGAGUAAAAAGCAACAGAUACAGGAGCUACUAGAUGAAAAUAUGGCACUCAAGAACGAGGUAAAGCUGUUAAAAGCUGAGGUGGCCAAGAAGCCCAGCAAGUUCUUGGGAACGCUGCAGCAAUACGGUCUACCGUUUCUUGCUUGGUGGACAUCGCUCUACCUUGUGUCGGGCGUAUCGAUCUACGUAGCUUUGGAUACAGGAAUUAUAUCAGGCACCAGUAUUAUUGACUUCAUUAUGCAGAUGGGUUUGGACAAGUUUGUUGAUCCGGCGAGACUUGACCCGACUUAUGGUAACAUUGCCAUUGCGGUGAUUGUGAACGAGUGCCUCGAGAUCGUCCGUUUUCCAAUUACGUUAGCUACGUUGCCCUAUAUCAAGCGUGUUUUUGCUCGCGCGCAAGUGGAGAACAAGUAA